GCAAGCCCGAGCAGCUGAUGCAUCACUGCAAAACAGGUUAAAAGGAAGAAGAAUAUAAGAGGAAGAGCUGUUCAAAAUAGCUGCAAUCACAGCGAUUGGUUAACAGGAAAUUCCAGGGCGUCCCCUUAGGGUUGGCCGACAUCCCGAAGACAAGUGCAAGAAAGUUUGGUGAAAAGACACAACUUGUUCUCCAGUGCGGAACACGAGCAAAUGCACGAAGGACCUCAGCAAAGUUGAUGCUUUUCAAACACGAGCCAGGAAUUCUACUCUUUUAUCGAUAGAAGCACAAGGAGGUCAGACGUUUUCUUCGAGUCUUCGAAAUGAUCCCUAAAUUUACCAUCCUAUUUUUGACGGUAGCUUUCACUAUUUCUCAAGCGGAAAGGAUACCAGAGGCUGCUUCAUCGGGAAGGGUUCAGUCCAGGAGAGUGUAUUUAUACAAUGGAGACUUCAAAACAUUUGCCCAGUUGAAAAGCAAUCGAGAACAUCUAAAGUUAGCAAAUGCGACAAAUUUGAAGGAUCGAUAUUAUCAAAUGGAAACGAGCUUUGGUACCAUAACCUUUCAUGUGUUUUCUACAGAAGGUUUAAUUUCACCAAACUUUCGCAUUCAGCAAUUUGGUGAGGGAAUGGACGCUGAUAUUCAGGGAAAUCCUCUAAGAGACUGUCACUUUUCAGGAACUGUUGUAGGGGACGAGAAUUCAAUCGUGAUUUUAGAUAUCUGCCGUGGUUUGAGAGGGGUACUAAGGUGUUCAAGGGGAAGUUUCAGCAUUGAGCCGGUUGGUGAAAAUUUUAAUCUUGAUGAGGAUGUUACGGAGCAAAAGCUAUUGAGAAUACCGGAAUCUGGUCCUUUGUCAUAUAGACCAGGAAGAUGUGAUGCCAAAGAUCCCAGCAACUUGGAAAAGAGGUUAGAUCACAACUAUGACUUGAGAAUUGACCAAAGUGGCGAGCUCGAUGUUGUGCAAAUCAAUAGACGCCAAAGAAGAUCAAUUGUUCGUCGUAGAUAUGUCGAGACGCUGAUUGUAGCUGACGACUCAAUGUAUAAAGCAUUUGGAAAGCGGGAGAUCGAACUGAGAAGCUAUCUUUUGUCCAUGAUGGCAAUCGUUCGGAGAAUUUUUCAAGAUGCAAGUUUGGGCCAUUCAGUGGAAGUUUCCGUUGUUAAAAUGAUGAUUCUUAAAAAGCCACAGCCUGAUUUGGAAAUUCCUCAACAUGGAAAAGACAGUGCCGACGUUGCUUUGAAGAACUUCUGCAAAUGGCAAAAAAAGCACAACGCCUUGAAUGACCAAAGUUCCAAGCAUUAUGACGCUGCCUUUCUUUUAACGAAGAGAGACAUAUGCUCAAAGCAACGUGGAUGCGAUACACUCGGUUUGGCUGAGAUUGGAGUUAUUUGCGAUCCGCAGAGAAGUUGCGCCAUCAUCGAAGACAAUGGCAUUGCUGCUGGCUUCACCAUUGCCCACGAACUGGGUCAUCUAUUCAACAUGGCACAUGAUGGAAUACAGAACGACUGCUUGCCUGAAAACCAGGGGCUGAACAUUAUGACGCCGUCGUUCAGCUUGAAUGCCCACACCUGGUCAUUUUCCAAAUGCAGUCGUCAGUACAUCACCAAUUUUUUAGAGAGUGGUGGUGGCCACUGCUUGUUAGAUAAGCCUGCUAGCAAAGUGGUUUACAAAAUGCCAAGGAAGAUGGCUGGAGAAAUGUUUAAUCACGAGGAGCAGUGUCAACUCGUGUUUGGAGACCAGUAUGAAACCUGCUCCAUCAUUAAAGUCGAUUGCACAAAACUCUAUUGUCAAAAGAAGGGUGGCAUGGUUAACUCAAAUGGUCACCCUACUUGCUCAACAAAUAACAUGGCCCCUGCUGAAGGAACCAGUUGCAGCAAAAGCAAGUGGUGUAUGCGUGGCCAGUGUGUUGAGAGGAAGAGUAUAAAACAAGUUAAUGGCGGAUGGGGCAGCUGGUCUCGAUUUGGUGCUUGCACUAGGACCUGUGGAGGAGGAGUCAUGAGCUCUGAGAGGGAAUGCAAUAGUCCAAGUCCUGCGCAUGGUGGCUCGUAUUGCACAGGGGUGAGACGAAUUUAUCGCUCUUGUAAUCCACAGCCUUGCCCGCCCAAUUCAAAAUCGUUUCGAAGUCUGCAGUGUGCUAAGUUUAACGGUAAACCUCUAAAAAUAAAUGGAAUUCCAAAAAGUGCGCGAUGGAUACCAAAAUACAAAGGAGUCAAAAUUGAGGAUUCUUGCAGACUGUUUUGCCAAAUGGAGGGUUACACGAUCUAUUACGAAUUAGCAACUAAGUGUAUUGACGGAACGCCAUGCGGAAAAGAAACUUUUGGCGUAUGUGUGGAAGGAAAAUGCAGGCCAACAGGUUGCGAUCGGAUACUCAAUUCUAAAGCGAAACUUGAUCAGUGUGGUGUCUGCAAUGGUGAUAAUUCUACCUGCACUUCUGUACGUCGACAAAUUAGAAUCACGACUAUAGGGUACUACAAUUUUGUGUUCCGGGCGCCGAAAGGUGCAAAAAAUUUCAAGGUCGUUCAGCGCUCAGCCACCUCAGCAGCAGACACAAUUGUCCUCGCGCUGCUCGAUCAUCAAAUGCAUUAUGUUUUCAACGGAAACUAUGUCCUUGGUCUUGGCAAGAAAAAGUUUGUUUCAAAUGGUCAUCAGGUGUAUUACUCCGGCCUCGACGUUGUCAACGAAACAAUAUGGAUACCCGGAAAGCUACGACAACCGUUUGUAGUUCACGCAUUAGCAGUUGGGGAGCAUUUGCCAGUAAAUGUUGUUGUUAGUUACAUUUUGCCAGCAAAUGGAAGUUACAAGUACAUUUGGAUGUUGAAAGACAACUGGAGUGAAUGCUCAAGGGUUUGCAGAGGAGUACAGUAUCGAGACUUCUUUUGUUUGAGGGAAUCUGAUUCCCAGAGAGUUGCAGAUGACAAAUGCGGUAAAAAGCGCCCCAAAACAGUCGUGCAGAAGUGCAAUCGACAUUGCACGUUAAGCUGGAGGGUGAAGGUGGAGCAAGAGUGUUCAGCGAGAUGUGGAGAUGGAUUCAAAACUCAGUCCCCUUACUGCUUAAAGGUUUAUGGCAAUUCAACUGAAGAUGUCGAGAUAACUGACAAUGCACACUGUGGUGAAUUGAAGAAACCACCAAGGAAAGUGCCAUGUCAUAUUUCGUGCACAGAAACGCGGUGGAAAUACACAGUUUGGGGGAAGUGUUCCAAAAGCUGUGGUGGAGGCAUACAAGAACGCAAGGCUUUCUGUGUUGAUUAUCUGCUGAAGAAGCUGCCAGAUGGGAAGUGCAACUCAACCAAAAAAAGUGUCCUUCAAAGGUCCUGCAAUGAAAUUGGAUGCCCACAAUGGAAAACGUCUGAAUGGUCUAUGUGCUCGGUGACUUGUGGAAAAGGAAAUCAAGAUCGUUCUGUAUUUUGCGUCGAUGGCCUUGGGAUAAAAACAGUGAGCCAAUCAUACUGCAAUCAGACCAUCAUGCCGGACAUCGUUAGGCCUUGCAUUCUACGGGCGUGCCCGGCAUGGAAGUUUGGAGCCUGGUCAGGGUGUUCUGCUACUUGUGGUGUUGGAUAUCAAACGAGGAAAAUCGCUUGUAGACGUAGUGAUGGUGAAAAUAUAGACGAAAGACAAUGCCACACUCCUAGUAGGCCAGUUGAUAGGCGGGAGUGCAGAGUGAAACCUUGCCCAGCUGAUGUUCAUGCUGCGAUAGACGCCCUUGCAAAUGAAGGCCAGGCAAUUUGGAUGACAGGAGCCUGGACAAGGUGCAGCGUAUCAUGUGGACAUGGCACGAAACGUCGCUAUGUGAGCUGUCGGUACCGAGGGGGCCAGGUUGCCCCGACGAAAGAAUGUGACGCUAAGAAGGAGCCAAAAUCGACCCUGGCAUGUAAAGAAAGGCCGUGUCCUGUCUGGAAAGUUGGAGGAUGGAGCAAGUGCUCAACGUCUUGUGGAGGAGGAUUCCAGACGAGGGUCGUGGAAUGCCGCGCAGGAAAUCAUCAAAUAGCUACGCAGUACUGCGAUAAGAACAGCGAGCCAAACGAAAAGCAAACAUGCAAUACUCAAGAAUGUGUCGUACGCAGAGUUACUACGAACACAAUUGUAGCGCGAUCACCGAGACUUAAAAAUCAUGCCGAAGCAGAACCAAACGGUGUAUGGGAAGCAGGCACGUGGUCCAAGUGUUCUGUUACUUGUGGGACUGGUGUUAGACGACGGUCAGUCAAAUGCAAAUCAUCAACAACAUCUUCGUGCAUGGAAACGAAGAAACCUGCAACAACGAUGUCCUGCAACGAAAUGUCUUGUCCGUUUUGGAAUUAUGGUCAAUGGACAAUGUGUUCAGCCUCGUGCGGACAGGGUGAGCAGCGACGCCUGGUUGUCUGUCAGUCUAGCAAUGGUACGUAUCUCAACGAUGCAGCUUGUGACGAAAAGUUCAAACCAAAGAAGCGGCAAAUUUGCGAAAAUCGCAAAUGCCCCGAAAUUGCAAGAUGGUCAACUUCCGAGUGGCAGCCGUGCAGCGUCACUUGUGGGCGAGGCUUCCAAUAUAGAGAUUUGAGCUGCGAAAAUGGAGAGGGCGAGCGACUCCCUAGAAACAUGUGCUCCAGAAGGGAUCGACCUACACAGCAAAAGCCGUGCUUUCCAGAAGAUUGUCCAAAAUGGGUUCCAGGAGAGUGGACUGAGUGCAACGAUCAUUGUCAAAGGACAAGAAAGAUAUACUGCGCGAUCGGAGAGAAGGUUCUUGAUCAAUCAGCUUGUGGCAUUGAGUCAAAACCAACAGAAUCGGAUGACUGUCCCUCUCAGAAUUGUAUCACAGUCCCAGAAUAUUCAUGGAAAGUUGGUGAAUGGGGAUCGUGUAGCAAAACCUGUGAUUAUUCAGUUAGAAUGAGGUCUGUUGUUUGCAUCGACGCAUCAGCUCAAAAAGAGGUGUCUUUUGAAUUUUGCACCAAAAAGUCCCCAGCACCAAGUCGACAACAAGCCUGCUUUGGCGGGCCGUGUCCUGCAAAGUGGCUUCCACAGCCUUGGAGUGAGUGCUCAGUAUCUUGUGGAAUUGGAUAUCAAGAGAGAAGUGUUAUAUGUGAAGGAGAAUUAGACAAGCGCCUUCAUGAAGUGAGCUGCAAUACAGAAAAUAAGCCAGUUGAAAGGCGUGUCUGCAAUAUGGGAGCUUGCCAACAAAUGUAUAGAUGGCAAACAGGAAACUGGACAGAAUGCUCACGAGAAUGCAAUAUCGGUACAUCGAAACGUGAAGUUUCAUGCGUUGAUCUGACUGGGAGAAUAAACGGAGAUUCAAAAUGUGUUGCAAAGAGACCAGCCAGCUUCCGGGUGUGCAAUGCUCACUCAUGUCCUCCGAUGUCGUGUCGUGAUGUACAACAGCAGCAAGGCAUCUUUAGCGAUGGGGAGCGUUUGCUUCUGUCAAGAGAUAAGAAAUUUGUAAAGGUUUAUUGCGAAGGCAUGUCUACAAACAGACCAAGGGAAUUUAUCACACUUAGAACUGGAGCAACAGACAACUAUUCAGAAAUCUAUGGCAAAAGAUUGCGAAAUCGAAAGACUUGUCCAAACAACGGAACCAAAAUAAAACACUGUCCAAACUGCUUGGAGUUCUCUUCGUCUGGCACUACGUAUUUCAGCAAGAUUAGAAUCGAUUUUAAAAGAUUAAUUUUGAUACCGGAGGACACAACUUUUGCAAUCAAAUUCGGCAGGUACCCGCCUCCUCUAGCUUCUGCAGGCGAUUGUUUUAGUCAAGCUUAUUGUCCGCAGGGGUCUUUCAAGAUGAACUUGACUGAUACUGGCUUAAGUCUGGACCCUUCUGUUAGUUGGAGAUCUAGUGGCUAUUUCGUUUCACAACAAGUUAAAAAAUAUAUGGAUGGACGUGUUGUUAUUGGUAGGUGUGGUGGAUACUGCGGCAUGUGUAGUCCCAAUGAACUGAAAGUUAGAUGCACUAAUAGCUGAUUCUAUACCACCGUAAAUUUAUCUUAAGAGAUUGUAAAUAUCCCUUUGAUAUUGUAAAAAAGAACUAAUGUCUUAACAAGACAUUAAAGAUCUCGCUCCGUUUGGCGAGCAACAAUAUUACCGCAACAGAACGUUGAUGAUGUCAUGGUGCAAAAUUGAAAGACGCGUUGAAGCCGAUUGAAAAAUGGAUUACCAAGCACUCUACUCAGUCUGUACCUGCAGUUUUGUGUUAUCCUGAACCAAGAAGGGAGGAACCAUCAUUUUCACAAAACUAUUACACCAUGUCUUGGUUGUCCAUUGACAUGCAUUUCAUGAUCAACAUUUUAAGUUUUUUCAUAAAACUUUUCUAACAUUUGCUAUUUAAAUAAACAAUUACAAAAUUAUAUAUAUAAUAUAAAUAUAUAUAUAUAUAUAUAUGAAAGCCUGCGAUAAAGAAGUAUUUUUCUAGAUAUUUUUGAAUUAUUUUAUAAUCGCCAUAUUAACUUUUUAACAAGAAACUAAAUUGAAGAGAAUUAGCUGUGCUAACAUUUUAACUUUUUCUUAUUGACCUUCCUAGACGCCUGUUUGUAGCCAGCCUUUUGUUAAGUUCUGUUUAAAGUUUCGACAUCUAAUUACGUUUCAUGUCUAAAAACGAAUACUAGCAACUUUGUACAUAUUAGUAUUUUAAUGAAUUCUAAAGACAUUUAUGCUGCAUAAUUUUAGAAACUAUUCAAAUGAAGGAUAAGGGCAUUUUUCAUUAUUGCAACAUUUAAUAAACAUGUUUCAUCUGUAAUUGUGCAAGAAUAUUUUUAUCGCUUUUUACUAUUUAUUCGGUUUUUUCACAAUGAUACAUUUUUACACUUGGGUUUUAAGAAGCUCUGUCGGGUUUUGUAAAUGCCUACGUUUUCAGUAGAAUGUUACGAGCUAGAAAUCUAGCAAUUAGCUACAGUCGGUGGUUGUGCAGUCCAAAGAGCUCAUGUCAUAAAUUAUAAGUAGACCGAACUGUGUCGUGUUGCUGACAUGUUUUAAACGAGAGUACACGCCGAUUCCCGCCCACGACACCCGCGCACAAUACCCGCGCAGAAUUCCCGCCCACGAUAGCUUGCUACCAAACAUUGGUGACCCACAAGUUAUCAAAAGGAGAUCAUGAAUGCAACGUGGUAUCUCUGCUUGAGUCAGACGCUCAACAUUUUGAUUUUGCAAAUGAGUUUUGACAACCUCUGUUCCUCCUGCAAUUUUAAAUGACUCUUUUUGAGUCCCAUAUAUUUCUAGGCUUAGUGAUCUUUUCUUAAGCUAAAAUAUUUAAUCUCUUUCGAAUAUGAUAUAUGAUAUAAUAUCUUUAGAUAAUAAUACUUUUGCUUUUACUCUGUAAGAUAUUUUCCAGUUGUUUCUAGACACAAUAAUAUUUUGUUAUUGGUUUCUUCCUGCACCUUUGAAUACCCCAAUUUUAGCUAGUGCAGUAAGCCAAAUUUAGAUAUCUAAAAAUUGUGUUAUAUUCUGUAGUUUAUGUUCUGGUAAUCUUUUUGAAGAUGCAACAAAAUUCAUUUUAAUCAAAUUGCUUGUCUUUAAAUUCAAUUUGUUAUAUUUAUAUAAAUACCAAUUGUUACAAUUACGUUUCAGGUUGUUUUUGAGUUGACACAAAGUGCAUAACAUAUAAAGUUGUUGCAAUUUCUCG